AUGGUUCCAGAAUGCACGAGCGAAAUGGCGACGUAUGGUGACGAAGCAGGAGAACAAGAUGGCGGAGAAGUGUUCUCCGGACGGCUCUCUGGAGAUGGACAUGUACCAUGGACAGAUAGGGUCGAUUCAGUCGCUGCCGCCGCACAGCCCGCCCUACAGUGUGAUGGGCGGUCCUGCCAGCCCCAACUCUAUGGAUUGUCCAUAGCCCCAAUUUUGCGCUUUAUGAGCGCUUUGCAACUGAACAUUACCAUAGAAGGUGCAUCUAUCAACGGUCUAAAGGCAUGGUGUAAAAAUUUUGUGGAACUCUUAAUCAGUGAUACUGGCACGUCUAAAUGUACAUAUGUUGCGGUUAUUGCGCUAUUGGAACAAGAAGAAGCCCCCAUUUCUUCGAUGGUGACACCAUCUUCACAGAUGGAGGGCAUGGCUUUGUUGUGGUUGGUGCAUAAAAACUGGUCCCGUGAUCUUGUACGUCUGCAAUCCGGUAGUCACCAUUCAAGGGUGAAAGAGAAGAAGUAUACAUCGUUAGUAUACAAACGACAAGGACAGCCUUAUAAAGUUGCU